AUGGACACCAAAAUGCGACGGGCUCGACUUCUGGGGAAAGAACGCAGCAUCGUAACGGAAAAAGUUCUCAAGUGUAAGGGCAUGGUCAGUGUCCGACUUGAGGUGCUGUCGUUUCCAGAGAUUAAGACGAAAGAUCCCACGAAGCUGAAGAGCAAUGUGGAGAGGCUGAAGAAAGCAUUUCAGGAUGAAGGUUGUUGGCCGCUGCCGUUGCCGAAUCAUAUUCCAGCCCAAAUCGAUAAGCAGAGUCUCGAUGCCGCCCUUCGACAUUCACAGCGCUCGAUCAAAGAACUUUUUGUUGGCCCUCGAGCUGAAUAUCCCGAGCUCGAAUUUCCACCAGGUUACCAGCUCAGAUGCCUAGAUGGACAGAGCCGCGCUCUUGCUGCCGCAAAGGUUCUUCCUGUCGCGGACCGGAGGUGGAUCGUAGAUUUAUAUGCUGCAGACCUCACAGAAGAGCUCAGGACGAUUCUGGUGGAGGAAUACUCGAAUGAAGACCGUCUGCAUCCUGGAGAGAUCUAUCGAAAACUUCGGCUGUAUCACCUCCAAAGGGACUUGCGAAUCGACAAUUGGUGGUUUGAAAAACGGUGCUGGGCACGUUUGUCAGCUCAUGGACGCCGCAAUGUCAAGCAGCUCCUGCGCCACCGUGAAAUAACCGCGGCCUGUGAUGCCCUGCUGGACGUUGUCGGGCUUUGGAGCGGUUGGAGAACAAGCACCUGGCACAAGAUACUUCCAAUGGGUGUUGACGAGUGCAUCCUAUACCGCCUCGAUUUCAUGAAAGAUUUUUGGUACGAGAGCGUUGGGGUAGAACGGAAUGCGAUGCAGAAAGUCGACGAAAACAGCGUCAAAGAACUUGAGGGUACCGCCCCUGGGGCUUGCAAAGCGGAUGCUCGGGAUCUAUAUAGGAAGUUGAAGGCUGGAAAAAUCUUCGGAACUUUCAAUGACCAAGAUCGCGAAAAGAUCUGGGCCGAAGUGUGUCGUCGAACAAAAGAUCGCUUGGUCCCCUCAUUUUUCACCUUCUUCGAGGAUUUGAACUGGCUAAAGGGCCCAGCGGACUGCGUCAAACGGUUAAUACCUAUAUCACCCGGCGACACGAUCCUCUACGUACUGGAACAGCACGUUUUCACCGGUAUUAACCAGCGGACCGGCCAGUGCUUGAUUCAGAAAACCGAUCAUACUUUCGUUUCUAAGCCAGGAACUGAGGCCGAUCAAAUGAAUCUGGGAGUUUUACAGCUAUUUCUCAUCGCCAUGCGUAAUCACCUUAGCAUGCCGGCCGAACCUAAGAAAAAGAAUUUACUUGCAAAGCCAAGACCAAUGAAAGCGGACCCCGAGGUCCUACACGAAUUUGCCGCGCAUGCCCAUAAGCUAGGCUUUGAGUCCGAUGAGAUUCGUGAACUGACGGAACUCAGAACGUCAUCGCGAGCACCGCAAAAGGAGUCACCGUCAUCGGGUUCUGAAGACUCUGAUCCACCUAUCAGGCGAUGCGGCAUCCCUUGGAGUUGUCAUCAUGAACAAGACAAACUAUGCCUCUUUCUGGAACCUUUGUACACCGUACGUAGUGGAGAGUUUGAAGAGAUGACAUCUUCAUUUGUGCGGCGGUCUGUCAUUCUUGCCUUUUUUGAGAAGCCAACAAGUCUAUGCUUAAGCGAGGCGAUGUCUCAUCCUUCCGAACCUAUGGCCGAUCAAGGGAUGAUUGGUAAAGAACCUUCACCGAGGCCAAAUCAGCAGGGUCUGGAGCAGCGUCAUGUCGAACAUCUCUCAGGUCCUCGCAAUGCCCAGGAUACCUCGCAGCAGGGUUUGCAAGCUGGUAACACCGUGGGGGAGGCUGAAAACUUUCCUGCGACCCAGCUUGAUCGGCAAAUGCUUACCAUAGAGGAACAAGCUGAGUCGGAAUGGCUAUCCGAGGCAGAGAUAGCUGAUGAAAUAGAUAAGGUCCGACAUACUGGAAGGCGAGACGGUCGGGAAAAUGGGCGAAUUCAAAAGAAAAAGGCGGCAAAUAAGCAAAGGAAGACUUCUCAGAAGAAAGGGGCAAUUGGUGUGAGAAAGAGGAAGGAUAUAUUAGAUGCAGUGCUGCUGAGGGUUGCUAAGGAUAGUAGUGUUCUACCAAAACAACAAGAGGUGCCUAAGGGACCGGAAAGUCCGAGCCAAACCACGCAAAUCAACCCUGAUGGGCUCAAGGAAAGCAAUAUUCCUAUGCUAUUGCAGAACCAAUCUUCAACCCCGGAUCGUAACGAGAUCGUGGGAGUGGGGCAGUUCACAGCAACAGAACGACAAGACGAGGAUCAAGACAUCGCGGAGAUAGCGACCGAGAACGUUGUUCACGAGACUACCACAUCAGAAGUUCCAACAAGCUACGAAGCGGUGGUUGCACCGAAAUUCGUGUCCCCGGCAGAAGCACAGGGUCGUCUCAUAAUACAAGAGCAGCAGAUGACAGAGCAAACCCACGGGGAACUAGAUGAGCGACAGACAAUGGAGAGAACCGCAAACGGGAGAGACGGAGACAAAGGGCCAGAUGUCGACCAGGGAGAGCAGGACGCGACUGAUAAAGAACGAGCCCCACAGGCUGCAUGGGAGAGGAUUGAUGAGGCACUGACAACAGCGCAGCGAGAGACGGCUCGGGGCCCGGUUUCACCUUCUACAGAUAACGCCCUUCUGGAUGACGCAGAACGGGUUGUGAUCGAUGAUCAGAUAAGGCGGGAUCGAGAAGAGUCUCUAUUCGCUCCCGAGUCGCCGUCGCCAACAGUCGAAUCGACGAACGCAGAGAAGUCGGCGCCACAGCGCGUGAUCGAAAAGGAGCCACAGGAACGCAUUCCAGGGAGGGAUGGGUCCGUGAACGAUAUCGAAGAGCCUCCGCCAAUGUUGAUCACCGACCAGCAGCGCGAGCUGUCACCAGCCAAACAGGCAAACGCCGCUGCAGAGGAGGUAGAACGCAUCUCCACAGCGGAUAUGGGGGACUCAGCCGAACGAAAAAACAUUCCGUCCCUUCCGCAGGCCGAGAUACUCGAGAGAGGGCAGGAGAGCCUCGAAGAGCUGGGUAGACGUGUGAGCCAGGACCAGGAAAAUGACGGAGGCGAGGUCGAACUGCAGCAGGGAAACCAAAAGAAACCAAGCCUGGAUCACGGACGAGCAAUCGAAGACCCCGGCCUGGUACAGGAUCCGAGCUCAUCAUCGGGAAUGCGAGAGGUAGAUCGAAAACGCGACACUCAGAUCGACUUUGGUAGGGUAGAGGAAAUGGAAGACCUGGAACGAGCGCAGGAGACUUCGCCUCCCGCACACGCUCAGGAUGGAGUUCGUGACGGGGAAGAACCGAUUGCCUUCGAAGUUGAGGGUUUGCAAGAAGUGCAGGAAGGGCUAAGAAGCGAUGGACAAGCGCGGUACGAGCCACCCCCCGACGGGGGUGAUCGGGCAAGAUGGGAAAACAUCGAAAGGAAUGUAGACGAUCGACUAAGGGAGCAAGAAAAUGAAGAGAGGACGGCGAGAGAUACACGAAAGAAAGCCGCGAAAGAAGAAGGUCGGAGACGGGAAAGACUUGCAAGACUAGAGAGAGCAAGGCAACUCAAGAACGAGAAACCCGAAUUGAGAGUGGAGCAAAAGAUGACGAGAGAACUGGGAAGGGAUCAGCAAGAGAGGAAUGUAAACGAAGACGAGGGAAUGCGUCGAAAACGAACAACAAAGAUCGACAUUGGGAAGGUCGAUGAAAACGAAACCGUGCGCCGACCAGCCGAGGUUGUCAUUGCGAGUACCACUCAACAACCAGCAGACCCUGCUAACUCGAUCACGGCAACGCCCAACCCUCAGAAGAUUCGUAUCCAUCUCAAAAUGUCCGAUGGGAGUGUUGGUGGCGGAGACUGGAAAAAUUUGCCCUCACAUGACGUUGACCCCUCUGAACCGGCAGAAUUCAUGCGAUUCCUGAGGAAAUACACCAGAAAAGACGCCGAAAAGCCGUGGAAUGUGUUCGCUGGGUCCCACAUGAUAACCCCAUUGACAAAGUUUGAAGACAUCAUCAAAGGUGGAAACAACACCUUAUACAUAAGCCGAGGGAAGAUUAUCGACACCAGACUCCAUCCUGAUGCUCCUGCUAGCAAAAGAAAUCGAUACUGA